AUGUCGUCGGACUACACCUACGAUGAGCAGGGACAAUUCUUCCCCUUCUUCAUCCUAACCUUGAGUGGGCUAGUCACUCUUCCUCUCACCUACAACCUUCUCCGACCCAACAAAGAUCUUGAGAACACAGCCCCCCGGAUUCAAUCCGACUUCAAACCUGAACAUGCCGACCUUGUGGAGGCGCAAAAGCGCAAGCGCCUGCGAAAAGAGCGCCGAAUCAAGCGCAUCGUCACCGUGAUUGCGGGCUAUGUGAUCAUGGCCUGGAUGGCAUAUUUGAUUUUUGUGACGGCGCGCACAACUCCCAAGCUCUAUGAUCCAUAUUCAAUCCUAGGCGUUUCAAGGCUCGAGGCAAUAGCCAGUAUCUUCCGAACUAACAUAUUCCACUUCCAGAGCGCCGACGAGAAGGCUAUCUCACGCCACUAUAAAAGAAUGUCUCUUGUAUACCAUCCUGAUAAAGUCCGCCCGGAUCCCGCCAAGAAUGAGACCAUGGAAACCCUGAAUGAGCGCUUCGUUGAGCUUACAAAGGCGUACAAGGCCCUGACUGAUGAGGAGGUUCGCAACAACUACCUCCAGUACGGCCACCCCGACGGCAAGCAGAGCUACAGCAUUGGCAUCGCCCUUCCGAAGCUCAUCAUCAUGGAGGGCAACGGAAAGUAUGUGCUCCUCGUAUAUGGAGCUUUGCUUGGUGUCCUGCUCCCUUACAUUGUCGGAAAGUGGUGGUACGGAUCUCAACGCUUCACCAAGGAGCGCGUCCUCGUCGCUAGCGCCGGUAACAUCUUCCGCGAAUACAAGGAAGACAUCUUGGAUGGUGGCAUCAUCAACGCUCUCUCCGCUGGUGAUGAAUUCAAAGAGAUGUUGAAGGGAGCUGAAGCCGAAGCGGGAUUGGCCAGACUGGAGAAAAGAGUUUUGGCCGAGGAUCUGACAUUCUUAACCGCCAAAGACCGUGAGGCGAUCAAGCAAAUGGACGACAUCACUCGGCGAAAGACUCUGGCGUUGCUUUGGGCAUACCUCGGUCGUGUGGAUCUGGAAGAUACGAAGUUGGAUGCGGAGAAGUACGAGGCUGCCCCCAUCGCCCUUUCAUUGGGAGAGGCGUUCACGGCAAUCUCUUUGGCAUUUGGUACCCUUCGUCCUAUUCUUGGCGCCUUCCAGGUGUCUCAGUAUCUCAUUCAAGCUAUCGCUCCUGGUUCUUCACCUCUCUUGCAGCUACCCCACUUUACAGACUCGGUCAUCAAGGCUGUGGAAGGCGAGCAUUCCAAGGAACAUUGGCCUGUCCAAAGGUUUAUGAGUUUGUCCGAAGAAGAACGCCGAAAGCUCACCAUUGAGUCGGGAGUUCUUUCUGAGAAACAGUACACAGACGCUGUCACCGUGGCGCGUCAGCUUCCCAUGUUGGAAGUAUCGAGGGCAUUUUUCAAGGUCAUGGGCGAGAAGGUCAUCACUCCUAGCAGUCUGGUACAACUGGUUGUGAAGGCACGCUUCGUUCCCCCUGGCUCCACGAAAGUCCCAGCUGUCAAUGAGCUCGACCUCGAGGACAUUGAUCCUGAUGAGGAUGACUUGGAUGCAUUGAUGGGCCGCAAGCCGGCCAAGAACCGCUCCACAAAGGUGGUCGACGGCAAGAAGGUUGAGAUCAAGACCGAAACCGUUCAACCUCCCCUUGCGCACGCUCCCUAUUUCGCCCGAGACCACUCACCCCGCUGGCACAUCUUUUUGGCUGAUGCUAAGCAAGGCAAGAUGGCCGUUCCCCCAUUCACGUUCACCACUUUUGACAAGCCGAUUAUCGACGAUAGUGGCAAACCCACUUUCAACGUGCAAACCCUCAAAAUGCAGUUCCAGGCUCCACCGCAGGUCGGCGAUUUCACCUUUGUCAUGCAUAUGGUUUGUGACAGUUACCUGGGUCUAGACACCAAGAUGGAGAUUACCCUGCAUAUCGACGACCCCGCCAAGGCGGCUGCUUUGGAGGAGGAGGAUGAUAUUAGCGAGCCGGAUGAGGAUUCAAUCGCUGGUCAGAUGCAAGCCCUCAAGACCGGACAAGCGCCCAAGCCUAAGAAGGCUCGGAAGACUUCCGAUUCCUCCAGCGAGGAGAGUGACACUGACGGUGACGCGGAAGAAGCCAGCGAUACCGACACCGAGACGGAAGACGAGGACUGA